UUAUGUAUCCAUAGACUUAAACACUAGCCUCAUCCUCACUCCCAGAUAGCCUAGCCUAGGUUAGCAUUGUUUACCACUAGCCUAGCCUGGGAUAGCAUUCAAUAGGUCUGCUUGUUUACCACUAGCAUAACGUGGGAGCGGGCUGUCAAACAUUGAUCGCCACUCCCGAGUGACUCAGCCGGGGUCACUUCUGCCCCAGAUAGUUCACUACACCUGGGAUGUGCCGACAGAGACACCGCGUCCCGAAACUCUGCUAACGUUAACCCGGGCCUGGCUUUAGUUACGGGUUUUGCUAUUAAAAGAUCAAAUCAAAGAUUAGUGUUUUUUAGUGAGCGGUUUAGUCCUAUGUUCUCUAAUGGAGGAUUGUUACAGUUGUUAGGAAAGAGGAUUUACGCGUGGUCGAGGACAGAUAAGAGCGCCAGCACACUCGCUUUGUGCGCCAUGGGGAACCAGUGCAGUAACAAUCUGGGGAUUCCCCCAGCGAAGGGCCCUUACCCGGUGGGAUGCACCGACCUCAUGGUGGACCACACGACAAAGGGCACCUUCUUCCGGCUCUACUACCCCUGCCAGAAGAGGGAGACGGGCGAUCGUCCGGACUGGAUCCCCUGCAGGGAGUACUUCAACGGUCUGGCCGACUUCAUGAAGAUCAACCGCUCCAUCAGCGAGAAGAUCUUCAACUACCUCUUCGGAUCCUUUAAGAUCCCCGCCGACCUGGACGCUCCCUUCAAGAGCCACGACAAGUGUCCCGUGGUGGUCUUCAGCCACGGCCUGGGGGCCUUCAGGACUCUGUAUUCCGCUGUGUGUGCUGAAAUGGCUUCAAAUGGAUUCAUCGUGGCCUCGGUCGAGCACAGGGACCAGUCGGCCUCCGCUACCUUCUCCUACCGCGAGAUGAGCGACGCGGAGAAGGCGGCUGGGCCCCUCCCCAAGCCCUCCUCCCUCCCGGCCUCCGACACCCUGGUGGAGGAGUGGAUGUACUACAGGGCCCUGGUGCACGGAGAGAGCGAGUUCGAGGUCCGGAACAAGCAGGUGCAGCAGAGAGCCGCCGAGUGUGUCCGCGCACUGGACAAGCUGUUUGAGAUCAAUGCCGGGAUGCAGGUGGACAACGUGCUGAAGAGCCAGUUUGACUGGACCACACUGGAGAACACCAUGGACCUGUGCAGGAUCGCCGCCGUGGGACACUCCUUCGGGGGCGCCACGGUCAUCCAGUCGCUGUGCCAGGAGGUCCGCUUCAAAUGUGGCAUCGCCCUUGACGUGUGGAUGACCCCCCUGGACGAGGAGAUCUUCCCCAAGGUGAAGCAGCCCAUCUUCUUCAUCAACUCGGAGAAGUUCCACUGGGCGGGGAACAUCAGCCAGAUCAAGAAGCUGGACUCGGCCGGGAUCCAGAGGAAGAUGAUCACCAUCCGGGGGGCGGUCCACCAGAGCUUCCCGGACUUCACCUUCCUAACGGGGAACUGGAUCGGGAAGAUGAUGAAGCUGAAGGGGGAGAUCGACCCAGCAGUGGCCAUGGACCUCAGCAACCGGGCGUCGCUGGCGUUCCUGCAGAGGCACCUCGGUCUGAACAAGGACUUCAACCAGUGGGACCCCCUGAUUGAAGGGAAGGACGGGAACCUGAUGCCUGGGACCAACAUCACUCUGCUGCAGUCCUCCAUCUAGUCCACCGCGAGAUACAGGGGAUCACGGGCCACUUCCUGUCCCUAACCGACCACUUCCUGUCCCUAACCGACAACUUCCUGUCCCUAACCGACCACUUCUUGCCCUGUGUUACUGAGUAUCUGGUGCUUGGGCGUUAAAGGUGCAUUUUGUUGGACUUAGCGGCAUCUAGAGGCGAGGUGGCAGAAUUGCGACCAACUGAAUAUGCUAACCCCUAACCACUUCCUUUCCGACGACCUACGGUGGCCUGUAAGGGGCCAGCACUCUGAAAUGAUGUCAUGUCCACGACUACAUCGCCAAAUAGCAAGUGAUGGAGUUCCUUGAUUGAUUUAUAAAUUGUAUUUUAGUUAUUUAUUCUGUGAAAUUAUAGGUUGCAAGUAAGAUAGCUAUUAUGAUUACAAAUCUUUAAACUUGUCCUCUCUAGAGCUGCUUGUCCCUUCUGGGCUACUGUAGAAACAUGGUGGUGCAACAUGGCCGCCUCCCUGGAAGAGGACCCCCUUCCUAAUGUAGACAUUAAGGGCUGAUUCUUAGCUCACGAAAACACUGCUUAUUUUCAUGGGAUUAUACACUUUUUAAUGCAUACUUAUGUAUAUUAUAUUCCAUUACUGCCAAGUCAGGUCCGCUAGACGCCACUACAUUCUAUACACUACACCUUUAAAUGUAGCCUGUUCUGGCCGAAAGUGUCAUGGCAGCUAAUGCCGGUAUGCCAUGCUACACACUGUGUAGUGGCUAACAGGAAGUGAACAAGGAGUGCAUGCAAAAUACAGGGAUUGAAUCACUUGUGCUGUGUUCCAAUAUCCAUACUUCCAUGAGUACACUUAAACGUAGUACACUAUCCGCACUCACUAAGUGCGCUGAUUUUCAGAUGUCAGUGUUGUUCCAAAUCGAAUACUCCGUGGUGCACCAACCGGAAAUUACGAUCACGACUGCCGCCGUGGCUCCUCCCCCGCAAUAAUCAUCCCGCUUUGAACGGUGAACUCUUUACGCCUAAAAGCUAUAAAAACUACAAAAUGAGUCCAUUAAUGCAGGCUAUGUGGAAAAUGGGCCGACGUUGGCUCAGCCUGGCUCCGCCCUCUUCCGCUACGUAGCCAAGAUGGCUGCCGUUGAGUACGAAAGGUGUCCAUCGAUCCACAGUUCGCGAUUUGACCGUUUUGAGUACACCAUCCGGGUCCAUUCAGUACACUUAUUUUCGCCCGAUGUGAAUUGGAACACGCUACGUACUCAAUCUAAGGCUAGUAUGGAUAUUGGAACACAGCAUCGGAUCUAUUCGCCAUGAACUGUGCCCAUCAGACCUCCAUCAAAGUCCCACCAGUGUAUCAUCAAAACCAGGCAAAUUGUACCUCACAUUAACAGGUGUGAGGUGGAUUAAACAUAGACCUGUUUCACCUAGCAGCCAUAUUGGUUAGUUGUAUGGGGAAACAUGAGUCCAAAUUACAAAUGCAUUUUAAAUGAUACGUGGGUGAGUGAAUGGACCCUAAGAUUUAUAAGAAUGCAUUGAGUUUUCAGGGGUUUUCUAAGAGUGUAGGAUUCCCCACCCAACAAGGCUGUUGAAUAAGGUCUACUCAAAUCCAUUUCAGAAUGCACCCAACGGUGACAUCACAAGUGGGAGUGGCCAGCUCUUGGUUGACCCCGCCCCUUGUGAGGUCACUGGAGUAUAUUCUGAGGGCUUGGAAAACCCCAGGGCCUCUUGAACGGUGCUGUGAAUGUACGCUGUCCUCGCUAACCUGUGUCUCAGACACGCAGCGACCACCUCUGUGGGGCCUGUUCGAUAAAACGUAACACAUAAGAGCUGCUGGUUCUCAAGAAGACACCGAUAAACCCGUCAGAGGACCGCUGUGACACCAGCCCUCGUAGGGUGAAGGGCGGAUGAAAGAUCACUGAAAUGUGCCGUCGUUGAAUCCCUCAGCGUCACUGCUAACGUCCACGAACGCACUAGUCUCAGACAUCGUGUUUAAGAAACAGGCAACCUAGAAAUACCUCUGAACGUGUCCUGAUGUGGUUCAGGUUGAAGUGUGGCUGCAUGUGGAUUACCCUUUCAUAUAUAUUAAUUUGAAGUAUGAUUUUUAAUAAAAUGUGACUGGACUAGAUUUGUAUACAUAUAUAUCUUAAGAUGUCAAGUGAAAAUCUGAUACUUUUUCUAAGACUUGAUUAUACUUUAGCAAUGACCUGGAAAAAUAACACUAAGAAUGUGCCUUAACUGAAAGUCUGCGACUAGUCCAUGCUGGGACUUAUUCUCCAAUAAGCCUGUCGUUCUCAUCCAAUUCUUUCUGGGAAUCACCUCAUCAUACAGUGAGUCAUGUUUCAUUUGUACACUACAGAAAUCAAAUAAAGCUCAAUGUAAAAUCAA